AUGCUUCCUUCACUGAGUUAUCUUCGUUUGUCAUCUUGUGGACUUAGUGGUAAGGACCUGUUUGGUGGAUAUGUAAAUUCCACAUUGCUUGAACACUUCGAUGUUAGUGUAAAUAGAAUUGGAGGUGAAAUCCCUGUUGUUAUUCAAAAAAUGAAAGCUAUAAAAGUAAUUGACCUUUCAGCCAACCUCCUUAAUUCUUCAAUCCCUUCAUGGUUGGGUAAUCUGAGAAACCUAGUUCAAGUUAAUCUUGGAUUUAAUUACUUAACAGGUGGAGUUCCAAAAGUGUUGGAUUUUGCAAUGAACAAGUUAAAUGGAACUGUUUUAGAACCUUCUGGAGGUGUAUGCAUUGGAAAUGGUUUAGAGAAACUGAGGCUGAGGUGGAACAACUUAAGUAGACCUUUGCAUGAUUGGUUUGGACAGUUUCUCAAUCCGAAGUUUCGUGAUGUCUUUUACAACUCGUUCUAUGGUCAGAUUCCUGCUGACAACUUUCAGAGCUCAAGCAAUGGAUUAUGUCCUACCAAUUCCUUGGAAGGAAACAUUUCAGAAGUUCACUUCGCGAAACUCUCAGAGUUGAAAGAGAUAGACAUUAGUGCAAACUCUUUGGCAUUCCAUGUUGACCUAAAUUGGGUGCCUCCAUUUCAACUCAGUUACAUUAGCAUGAAGUCUUGUAAUAUAGGACCUCGAGUUCCAAAUUGGCUUACAGGUUGGACCUCACCAACAAUCUUAUUUCAGGACCUCUUCCUCAAUAUAUUGGAAACAUGGCACCUAGAUUGGAUAAUCUGCUCUGGUAACCAAAUAAGUGGUUCGAUCCCAAAAUCUUUGUGCCAAAUCAACACUAUGAGAGCUCUUGAUCUCUCAAAAAACAGGUUAUCUGGUGAUAUCCCAAAUUGUUGGAGCGAUUUCAAGAUUUUAGCUGUACCAGAUCUUUCUAAAAAUAAUCUAUCAGGGGUCAUUCCAAGCUCAUUCGGGAAUGCAACUUCACUUGCAUCUUUACACUUGAGCAAUAAUAAACUUCAUGGAGCGAUUCCCUCUUCCUUGAGACAAUGUAAAAACUUGGUCAUUCUAGACCUUGGAGAAAAUGCGCUGUUGUCUGGGUAUCUACCUAAAUGGAUUGGAAAGAGUUUAUUGAACCUUGAAAUUCUACGGCUUCGAUCAAAUAAGCUCACCGGUAAUAUCCCUUCAGAAAUAUGCCAGCUUUCUCAGCUUCAAAUUCUUGACCUUGCACAGAAUAAUAUAUCAGGAUCAAUCCCUCCCUGUUUUGGAAAUUUCUCAGGCAUGAUCUCCCUGAACAGAACAACAAGUGAAAUUGGCAUCUACAAAAGGUCAACAACAUAUGGAGAGAACAUGUUUCAGUGCAUGAAAAACCUCGAAUACACCAAGACACUUCGGUUGCUAAUCAACAUGGAUAUUUCAAGUAACCAAAUAAUUGGUACGAUUCCAGAAGAGCUAACAAAUCUUAUCGCACUUCAUGGUUUGAACUUAUCCAAUAACCAUUUACAAGGGCACAUCCCCAACACAACUGGGGCAUUGAACUCGUUGGAAUCUUUGGAUUUCUCUAGGAACCAGCUUUCUGGUUCAAUCCCAGGAAGUAUAGCUUUUCUGACUUCUCUAAGCCAUUUAAACUUGUCCUACAACAUGUUAUCUGGAAAAAUUCCAACUGGGAAUCGGCUUCAAACACUUGUAGAUCCUUCCAUAUAUGCUGGCAACUCAGGACUCUGUGGUGCUCCCUUACCAGAGUGUGCAGCAAGUGAUGAGCCACCUCAAGCUGAAGAUGAGGGAAAGAAGAAAGGAAAUAUAAGUGACUUUGAGUGGUUCUGCAUACCCAUCUCAGCAGGUACGUUACAGGCCUAUUGGGAGUUCUAUGUGUUAUGA